CCAUGGCCCGGCCGGGGCCGUCCUGGAGCCGGCUGGAGCGGCAGCAGGAGCGCGACGUGCGCGAGCUCGUGCGACAUGUCACCGGCCUGCAGGACGAGGCGGACCCCAACUUCCAGCUCGCGCUGAACUUCGCCUGGUCCAACUUCAGGUUUCAUCGUUUCUUGGAUGUCAAUAGCCACAAGAUAGAAAAGACAAUAGAAGGAAUUCAUGAGAAAUUCAUAAUUCAUUCUGAUCUCAGCAAGGCGGCUAGCUGGAAGAGAUUAACUGAGGAAUUUCUAAAUUCAUCACUUCCCAACAUAAGCGAAACAAAGACAGAUGCGCAUUAUUCCCUUCUCUCACUCCUUCUGUGUCUGUCUGAUUCCCCUUCAAACAGCAAUUAUGUGGAAACACCAAGAGAUAAAGAAGUGGAAAAGAAAGAUGAUUUUGACUGGGGAAAAUACUUAAUGGAAGGUGAAGAAAUUGACCUUGGUCCGAACGAGGAUACACCAAAUUGGUCUGAAGAUAGUGAAGAUGAAGAUGACCAACAGCCCUUAAGCAGAGAGGACUCUGGGAUUCAGGUGGACAGGACACCGUUAGAAGAACAAGAUCAAAACAGGAAACUGGGGUCUCGUGUCAGCUGGAAAGAAGAUGAACCAGAUGGCCGAAGCUGGCUGGAGCAGCAUGUGGUCCAUCAGUACUGGACAGCCAGGCCUUCACGGUUUCCUCAUAGUCUGCAUUUACACUCUAAUUUAGCUGCUGUCUGGGACCAACACUUGUAUAGCAGUGAUCCAUUGUAUAUUCCAGAUGACAGGGUUUUUGUUACAGAGACACAAGUUAUUCGAGAAACCCUAUGGUUACUUUCAGGGGUUAAAAAGCUCUUUAUAUUUCAGUUGAUAGAUGGAAAAGUAACUGUGAGAAACAAUAUUAUAGUAACUCAUUUGACACAAAGCUGUUUGCGAUCUGUACUGGAGCAAAUAGCAGCAUACGGCCAGGUUGUGUUUCGACUCCAGGAGUUCAUUGAUGAAGUCAUGGGACACAGUUCCGAGAGCAUCUUACCUGGGAAUGGGUCCAUUCCUAAGAAGUCGACAGAGGCACCCUUUAGAACCUACCAGGCUUUCAUGUGGGCACUGUAUAAAUACUUCAUUAGCUUCAAAGAGGAACUUGCAGAAAUUGAGAAGUGCAUCAUCAACAAUGACACUACAAUAACUCUUGCAAUAGUGGUGGACAAGUUGUCACCUCGAUUGGCUCAACUCAAGGUUCUACACAAAGUGUUUAGCACUGGAGUAGCUGAAGUUCCACCUGACACUCGAAAUGUUGUCCGGGCAUCUCACCUGCUCAACACGCUGUACAAGGCCAUUCUUGAAUAUGACAACGUUGGAGAAGCUUCUGAGCAAACGGUCUCACUCUUGUUCUCUCUCUGGGUGGAAACUGUGAGGCCCUACCUACAGACGGUAGAUGAGUGGAUCGUUCACGGGCACCUGUGGGAUGGCGCCAGAGAGUUCAUCAUCCAAAGAAACAAAAACGUUCCAGUAAAUCACAGAGAUUUCUGGUAUGCAACGUACACGCUAUAUAGCGUGUCAGAAAAGACAGAAAAUGAAGAGAAAAUGAGUGACAACGCCAGUGCCAGUUCCGGCAGCGAUCAGGGGCCGUCCAGCAGGCAGCACACCAUGGUGUCCUUCCUCAAGCCCGUGCUGAAGCAGAUCAUCAUGGCCGGCAAGUCCAUGCAGCUGCUGAAGAACCUGAGGUGCGUGCAGAGCGCCCCAGGCCAGGCAGCAGCCAGAGAUGCAGAAAGGAAAAGCUUGUACACCCUCUUCCUGGAGUCAGUGCAGUCACGCCUUCGGCACGGGGAAGAUUCCACUGCACAGGUCCUCACUGAGCAACAAGCGACCAAAGAGAAACUCAUUAAGAUGCAGUCCAUUGCGGAAAGGCAUCUUGAACUGGACGAUGCUCAUGAUCCACUCCUGGCCAUUAACUUUGCAAGGUUGUAUUUGGAGCAAAGCGACUUUCAUGAGAAGUUUUCUGGUGGUGACGUAUGUGUCGAUAGAUCAUCGGAAUCUGUGACCUGCCAGACCUUUGAGUUAACACUGAGAUCGUGCCUCUAUCCUCAUAUUGAUAAGCAAUAUCUAGACUGCUGUGGGACUCUCAUGCAAACUCUUAAAAAAGAUUACAGGUUGGUGGAAUACCUACAGGCUAUGAGAAAUUUUUUCUUAAUGGAAGGUGGAGAUACCAUGUAUGACUUUUACACGUCAAUUUUUGAUAAAAUACGAGAAAAGGAAACCUGGCAGAAUGUGUCUUUUCUUAAUGUUCAACUCCAGGAAGCAGUAGGACAACGUUAUCCUGAAGAUAGUUCACGUCUGUCUAUAUCUUUUGAAAACGUUGACACCACAAAGAAGAAGCUACCUGUUCAUAUCUUAGAUGGUUUGACCCUGAGCUACAAGGUUCCUUGGCCUGUGGACAUUGUUAUAAGUUUGGAAUGUCAAAAAAUUUAUAAUCAGGUGUUCCUGCUCCUUUUGCAAAUAAAGUGGGCAAAAUAUAGUCUGGAUGUUUUACUGUUUGGUGAGUUGGCUAGUGCUGCUGAAAAACCGCCGCUCCAGGAAGGCCUUCUGAGUGAACAAGACACAGCUGCGCCGUUUGGACCGCAGAAGGAGCCGCCAGUGAGGCAGCAGAUCCACCGCAUGUUCCUCCUGAGAGUGAAGCUUAUGCAUUUUGUGAACAGCUUACACAACUACAUCAUGACCAGGAUUCUUCAUAGCACAGGGCUGGAGUUUCAACAUCAAGUUGAGGAAGCCAAGGAUUUAGAUCAGUUGAUUAAAAUUCACUAUAGAUAUCUGUCAACUAUCCACGAUCGAUGUCUGCUGAGAGAAAAGGUCAGCUUUGUGAAAGAAGCCAUCAUGAAGGUAUUGAACUUGGCUCUCAUGUUUGCAGAAGGUUGGCAGGCGGGCCUGGGGGCUUGGCAAAUGGAAUCUAUAGAGAAAAUGGAGUCUGAUUUUAAAAAUUGCCACAUGUUUCUUGUAACCAUUUUAAACAAAGCCGUCUGUAGAGGAUCUUUUCCCCAUUUGGAGUCUCUAGCCCUGUCCCUCAUGGCAGGCAUGGAGCAGAGUUAAAUACCUCCAGUGCAAUGAACCUCGGACUUCACCUUCACAACCUGUACAUUUCUACCACGUGCAGCUGAAAAGUGGGACUCUUCUUAUUUGGGUUCCUUUUAGAAAACUGCUGUCCACAGUGUGUUCACAUGGAUUGUAGGUGUUUUCUCUGGAGAUUGUUAGAUAAUGUAUAGAGUCAUGUACAUAAAAUUGUGUAAAUAGGGCCAGCAUUGUGGCUUAAUGAGUUAAACUGCCGCCUGCAAUGUCAGUAUCCCAGAUGGACACCAGUUCGAGUUCUGGGUGCUCCAUUUCCCAUCCAGCUCCCUGAUAAUGAUCCUGGGAAAGCAGAGGUAGAUGGCCCAAGUCCUUGAGCCUUGCCCCCAUGUGAGAGAUCUGGAUGAGACUCCUCGCUCCAGACCUCAGCCUGGCCCAGCCCCAGCUGUUGUGGCCAUUUUGGGAGUGAACCUACGGGUGGACGAUCUCUCUCCAUCUCUCCUUUCAGAUAAAUACAUGAAUAAAUCUUAAGGGGCUGGCAUUGUGGUAUAGCCAGUAAAGCCACCGCCUGAGAUGCUGGCAUCCCUUAUAGGCAUUAGUUCAUGUUCUUGCUGCUCCACUACUGAUUGAGCUCCCCACUAAUGCUCUUGAGAAAGCAGUGUAGGAUGGCCCAAGUCCUUGGGCCCCUGCGCCCACAUAGGAGACCACGAAGAUGCUCCUGGCUCCAGUCUGGCCCAGCCCCCUGGCUGUUGUGGCCAUUGGAGAGUGAACCUGUGGAUGAUCUUUCUCUCUGUAACUGUGCCUUUCAAAUAAAGUAAAUCUUUUUUAAAAACUGUGUAAAUAAUGUAUAUAUAUACAUAUAUAUAUAUAGGCUGUUUACUCUUGUAUUUCCUACUGUAAGCUGAAGUUUUAUGGUAUUGAUAUGCUUAAAUAUAAAUUAUAAUCUUUUGAACAUGUAAUUAUUGAUAUUAAAAGUAAGUUAAAGCACUUUAAAUUAUUUAAUUGUUCUUUCGCUUGGUCACAGAAGUUUUUUAUAGUUUCACAUGUCAUCGUACCUAACAAUUGUCUUAGAUUUGUCUGAUGAGGAAAAAUGUAUAUUUUUAUGUGCCUAGGAAGUUCAAAAAUGGAAAAUAGCUUCAAAUCAAUAUAAUAAGUGUAAAAAACCAACCUCACUUUGAGCCAACUGUUGAUACAUGUAAUUGUUUGGCAUUCCUGAGCAAUUCUUACGAGCUUACCAGUUACAUCUUAAAUAAAUUAUGCUUUUUAUUCAGUU